CUAAUGUCAAAAUAAUAGCAAUAACAACUCUCUUAUAUAUGCAAAGACUCAUAAAAUCAAAAAAGCCAAGGACAAACUUAUCGAAGAGUAAUUAUAAAUGAUUUUAUUAUUAGAUGAAUAAUAAUCAAAACUUUGAUGAUAAAAAUGGAUAACAUUAAAAAAAAUAAAAUAAAUACAAUAGAAGAAACAAUUCAUAAGAAAAAUAAUAGAAUAGUCAAAAUACGUCAUCUUAACCUGUUAUAGGUAUUUAUCAAAAUAAUUUUAUUCAGCAAGAGCUUAAAUUAAUCAACCAUAAAAUAAAAUUUAUGAUUCUUAGACAUUAAUUUCAGCUUUUCAUGAAUUACUUUAACCUCCAAAAGAUAUAGAGGAAUUUAUAGAAAAAAUUCCUCAUCUUUUUACUAAAGUAUCUUAAAAACCUUUAAUUUCAACUUAAACAUUAUUUAACAUUAGUGAUGAAGAUGAACCUUAAUGGAUGCAAUCUAAUGAAAAUUUUUAGAUUAUAGAUAUUGAAAAUGAAAUUGAAAAAAAGAGAAUUGAAUAUUAAAAAUAGCAUGGAACAUUUGAAAAAAAAUAAGAACAAAAAUCAAAAAAAUAAAAUGAAAUAAAUUAAGAAGAAUUAUCAGAACUUCAAUAAGCCAAAGAAAAGUAUAGAUAAUUAAGAGAAUAAGAGGAAAAAGAAUUAUAAGUUGCUAAUGAAACCAAAGCAAAACUAUAAGAAUUAUUUCAUUUUUCAGAAUAAGAAUAACCAAAGCUUCAAAAUAACUAAAUCAAUUCAAAAGUAUUAUCAGUAGAAGAGGUUGAAAAAUAAGUAUUAGCUUCUUAAAAUCAAAUAAAAAAUGUCAUCAAAGUUGAAUAGCCAAAAGAAAAAACUGAAAAUUAUUUUAGUAAUUUCAAUAACAAUGAAACAGAUGAUUUUUUUGAAUAAUUAGAAGAAAUGGGAAUCCAUAUUCAAAGAUAACCCCAAGUACCUUCACAGCAUACAUUUAAAAUAUCAAGGGAAAAAAUUAAAACAGCUCCAUUUUCAAUAUAAGCCUAAUUACAUGCAAGAUCUUCUUAAGAAUCUUUAUGGUAUUAUAUUGAUAAUUUCGGAAAAGUAAAUAUCCUUUAUAUAUUAAAUGUUAGAUUUAAGGUGGAUUUACUACAGAAAAUAUGGAUUAAUGGUUUGAACACAAAUAUUUAAAAGCUAAAUUAAAUAUUUCUUGGGAAUUCCCUGGUAAAUGGAUUACACUUGAAUAAUAUUUAAUUAAUUUGGAUUAAAUUGAAAAAAAAUUAUUAGAUCCAAAAAGUGCAAUGGAUCCAUUAACACUGAAAACUAAAAUUAACAAUAUUUAAUUAAAUAAUCUAUAGCAAUUAUAAUAAAUGAAUGCAUUUAAUGUAAAUAGCUUUUAAAAUUAAUAAAUAAAUGCAUAUCAAUAUUAAUAUUAAUAAAUUAUUAAUAAUUAAUUUUAGUAGUAACAAAAUUAACAAAUAAAUAAUUAGCAAAACAAUGCAAGUAAAAAAAAAAAUAAUAAUUCCAACAAUAAUAAUGCAAAAACCUAACAAUAUAAUAAAUAUGAUUAUCAAAAAAAUAAUUAAUAAUUAUAUUGA